CUUCACAACACUUAAAGGUACAGGAUAAAAACCCGACUCCCAGCAUGGGGAGGUUCAGCUCUACCACUCCUCUCUGCAUUCUCCUCCGCCUUCUCCUCCUCCUCCUCCUCCUCCUCUUCCUCACCCGCCAUACCAUACCAGUCAAUAGCCUCCCUCUUUCCACCAAUUCUCGGUGGAUUGUCGACGACCAGACCGGGCAGCGUGUCAAGCUAGCAUGUGUCAAUUGGGUAUCCCACCUCGAACCCAUCGUGGCAGAGGGGCUGGCGCAGGGGCUGAGUAAGCAGCCCUUGGACUCGUUUAAGAGCCUCGGCCUACAAGAAUCCAUUGCCGGAAUCCAAUCCAACAACCCCUCCACCAUUGAUGUCUCCCUCAUUCACGCUUAUCAGGCAGUGGUGUCCAGCCUUGGUAACAACAACAUCAUGGUUAUAUUAGACAAUCACAUAAGCAAGCCCGGCUGGUGCUGCAGUAACUUCGACGGCAAUGGAUUCUUCGGCGACCAGUACUUCAACCCUGAUAUAUGGACCCGGGACUUAACCCGGAUUGCCAUCUUGUUCAACGGUGUUCCAAAUGUGGUCGGUAUGAGCCUCAAAAAUGAGCUCAGAGGCCCCAAACAGAAUGUAAAUGACUGGUACAAGUACAUGCAGGGAGGGGCUGAAACGGUGCACUCAGCCAACCCAAAUGUCCUGAGUGAUCCUCUCCGGCUUGAAUGGAGGGGUGUGGGGAACCGGGAAACAAACCAGGUUUGUGGGAAUGUGGUAAAAAGGGUGAUGGGAUCAACCGAAUUAUUGUUGCAGCAGGGGUAUCCACCAUUUUUGAGUGAGUUUGGGUUAGAUCAAAGAGGAACCAAUGUGAAUGACAAUAGGUAUUUGACUUGUUUCAUGGGGGUAGCAGCUGAGCUUGACUUCGACUGGGCAUAUUGGACACUGGAACUCAGGUCUCCUGCAGAGAAUAUCUGCUCUAAAAUCUCCUCUCCGAGGCGAGGUCUGGCAGAAUGCAAACCACAUUUGGUGAUUUUCCAUCCUGCAACAGGGCUCUGCCUACAAAGGAAAUCGUUGUUUGAGCCUCUGCGCUUGGGUGCCUGCUCGGAAUCUGAAGCCUGGAGUUACAAAACACAGAAGAGUUUAGUGAUAAAGGGGGACUUAUUUCUGCCUACAAGCUGAUGAAUUGGAGAAACCAGCAAAACUUGGGGUCAUUGAAGGGUUUACAAUACAUUUAAUCAAAUUAAGAAUUAUAA